GUGGUCAGCGACACGAUGGAGCGAGCAAGGGAUCGCUUACACCUGAGACGAACUACAGAACAGCACGUGCCAGAGGUGGAAGUGCAAGUCAAACAUAGAAGGACAGCCUCACUCAGCAAUCAAGAGUGUCAUUUGUACCAAAGGCGUUCUCAGCAGCAGCAAGCACCUGUGGUGGAUUUUCAGGCGGAACUGAGACAGGCCUUCUUAGCUGAGACACCAAGAGGUGGUUAAAGCAAUAUUGGAACAUCAAGCCUCUAUCUACUGU